ACUUCCAAAUUCAUUGCCCUGUCGGGCCAGCUGGAAGAAGCAUUGGAAAAGGCUGCUGCGCAGAUCUCGGACACGGCUCUGGCUGAGAUCCUACGACAUGGUGGUGGCGUCGCCUACCUGCACCGCGCCCUCAGCAAGAACGAUCGUCGUUUGGUGGAAGCUCUGUUCGCCGCGGGUGCCCUGCACACCCUUGUUAUGUCCCGUGAUCUUGCCUGGUCUUCGGCAUCCUCCAACGGUCAGCCCGUUGCUGCCUACCUGGUCCUAAUUAUGGACACACAGGACUACAAUGGAAAGAUUCACGCCUACGAGGACUAUUCUAUUGUUGAUAUGAUUCAGAUGAUUGGAAGAGCCAAUCGGCCGAGUGUGGAUACCAGCUCUAGAGCCAUCAUCUACUGUCAGACGGGUAAACGGGACUAUCUGAAGAAGUUCCUUCAUGACCCUUUGCCGAUUGAAUCCCACCUGGAUCAUGAGCUUCAUGACCAUUUCAAUGCGGAGAUUGUCACUAAGACGAUCGAGAAUAAACAAGACGCCGUGGACUAUCUGACCUGGACGUUUUUGUAUCAACGAAUGACCCAGAACGCCAACUACUAUAACCUGCAGGGUGUGACUCACCGCCAUUUGAGUGAUCACCUGAGUGAGCUUGUGGAAACCACACUGACAGACCUGGAACAGUCAAAAUGUAUCGCCAUCGAGGACGAAAUGGAUCUUUCGCCGCUGAAUCUUGGCAUGAUUGCAGCAUACUACUAUAUCUGUCACAGCACUAUAGAAUUAUUUAGUCUCUCGCUGACAAACAAAAUGAAGAUCCGUGGUCUCCUGGAUGUGAUUAGCAACGCCUCCGAAUUUAACAUGCUGCUGCCGGUGCGGCACCAUGAAGACAAUAUUCUGCGCCAGUUGUCUGCCAAAGUACCUCAAAAGUUGGCCGCAAAAGCCAACUUUAUCAGUCCGAACGUGAAGGCUAACCUGUUGUUGCAAGCCCACCUCUCACGUAUCAGUCUCUCCACAGAGUUGCAAGCGGACACCGAUCACCUCCUCGUCUGCACUAUUCGCCUUAUUCAGGCCUGUGUGGAUGUGCUGUCCAGCAACAGCUGGUUGGGUCCGGCUCUUGCAGCCAUGGAACUGUCGCAGAUGGUGACGCAGGCCAUCUGGCACAAGGACUCUACGUUACGCCAAGUGCCGCACUUCAGCGCUGACCUCAUCGCCAAGUGCCAGGAGGCCAACCUCGAGUCCCCCUUCGACCUCAUUGAACUCGAAGACUCCGCCAAGUCCGCCCUAUUGGCCGAUCUGUCGCAGGCCCAGAUGGCUGAUGUCAUUCACUUCUGCAACCGCUAUCCUGACGUGGAGCUCACUUACGAUGUCAGCGGGGCAAACGGUCCCGUCACUGCCAAGACGCAAGUCAAAGCGGGUGAAAACGUCACUGUAAAUGUCAGCAUUGAACGUGACGAGGCCAAUGUGGGGCCAGUUAUCGCUCCUUUCUUCCCGCAGAAACGGGAGGAGGGCUGGUGGGUGGUGAUUGGCGAACUGAAGAGUAACAGUCUGCUAGCCAUCAAACGCCUGGCUGUCUCCAAGUCCACUAAAAUUCGCCUGGACCUCGUGGCACCCUCCCAGGCGGGACGCCACGAAUUCACCCUGUUCUUCAUGUCUGAUGCCUACAUGGGUUGUGAUCAGGAGUACCGCUUCACUCUCGAUGUACGCUAG